UCACGCUGCCCUAUUUGUGACUGAUCUCCGAUUGGCCAUUGAAAGGGGUGUGCAUUGUCCGUCAGAUCCGAACGAAACAAAGAUGGCGGCAUUUACUAGAGGCUCAUUCACAUUUAUGAGACGCUUGAUUUUGGAACACCGGCACAAGCGUUGCUGCUCCAGGGUCCAAACUGGCCGACCAGACUACACCCUCCAUCCCCACUCUGUCUUCAUCCCUCAGCUGUGCAGCACUAGGUUUUUUCGCACAAGUUAUGUCACACCAGGACCAAUUCUGCCAUUCAAACUUUCAGAUAUUGGUGAGGGCAUCAUGGAGGUGACGGUGAAGGAAUGGUAUGUAAAGGAGGGAGACAAGGUGUCUCAGUUUGACAGCAUCUGUGAGGUACAGAGUGACAAGGCAUCUGUUACCAUCACAAGUCGCUAUGACGGUGUCAUUAAAAAGCUCUACUAUGAGGUGGAUGCUACAGCCUUAGUGGGCACAGCGCUGGUGGAUAUCGAGACAGAGUCCGGUCCGGAGGUGGCCCAUGAGGAGGAUGUUGUGGAGACCCCGGCAAUGUCACACGAUGAGCACACACACCAGGAAAUCAAGGGACACAAGACCCAGGCCACCCCUGCAGUCCGUCGUUUAGCUAUGGAGAACAAUAUAAAGCUGAGUGAAGUGGUCGGAACGGGGAGAGACGGACGGAUCCUCAAAGAGGACAUCCUCAACUUCCUGGCCAAACAGACAGGGGCCAUCUUACCCCUGACCCCAUUCCACGAGAUUCAGCCUCCACUUCCCACAGCAUCCGCCCCCUCUUCGGGUGUCAAGCCCAAGGCGAAGUUCCCACCAAGUGUUCCGCUCCCUGCAAUCUCCAGGCCUGUCUUCUCGGGCACGGACAGCACUGAGCCCCUGAAAGGUUUCCACAAAGCGAUGGUAAAGACCAUGACUGCCGCCUUGAAAAUUCCCCACUUUGGGUACUGUGAUGAGGUGAACCUGACCAGGCUGGUACAGCUGCGCAAGGAGCUGAAGGGCCUGUCAGAGGCUCGUGGUGUCAAGCUCAGCUACAUGCCCUUCUUCAUCAAGGCUGCUUCUCUGGGCCUACUCCGUUUCCCCAUGCUCAACGCCUCGGUGGACGAGGCUGUUCAGAACAUCACCUACAAGGUGUCCCACAACAUUGGUCUGGCCAUGGACACGAGCCGGGGUCUGCUGGUACCCAAUGUGAAGAAUGUGCAGAUGCUGAGUGUGUUUGAGAUUGCCGUGGAGCUCAACCGCAUGCAGACUCUGGGCGCCACGGGCCAGCUGGGCACGGCCGACCUCACAGGAGGCACCUUCACCCUCUCCAACAUCGGCUCGAUUGGAGGCACGUAUGCAAAGCCAGUGAUUUUGCCUCCAGAGGUGGCGAUUGGCGCUCUGGGAAAGAUCCAGGUCCUGCCGAGGUUUAACUCAAGGGACGAGGUGGUAAAAGCUCACAUCAUGAAUGUCAGCUGGUCGGCAGACCACCGGAUCAUCGACGGGGCCACAAUGGCGCGGUUCUCGAACCUGUGGAGGGACUACCUGGAGAACCCAGCAUCAAUGGUCCUGGACCUAAAAUGAGCCUGCCUCACCCUGGACAGCCUCCUCUGGAUGGAGCUCUGCGACGCAAAACCAGUCACCAUGAUUAUGUGAAAAUGGUCUCCUGUACUCUGACUCUCUGGGUAGUCACAUUGACUGGGUGUUACUGGUCCCCAUACUGCUCCCGCCUCCUUGGCCGUCCAAAACCUUUCUUCCUCAGAAUAUGAAUGGCUGCACAUGCCACAGACACUACAAGUUACCUACUACUCAACAUUGUGAAACUAAUAUCUAGUUGCAGGCUGUUUUAUCUUUGUGUGUGGCCUUAGUUUUAUUUCUCUCUUCUGGUUGCCUUACUGACAUAGGAUGGUUAGGAACAGUAGCGCUUCUUGCUGAAGAGCUGAAUGUUGGAAAACAGACCUUUAGUAAACCUGCUCUAUUUCUGAAAUACUGUAUGGCUCUGUAAAAAAAGGCCCUGCACCUUUAAGGGUAUUGGUGCCAAAACCAGGCAAUAACCUUAAAGGUGCAAGGCCUUUAAAAAAAAAAAAAAAAAAAAUUAUGGCCCCACACAUUCCCACAGCAACACUAGAAAGCUCUUUUCAAGAGAAUGUGUGAUUUAGUCCCCUUGAAAAGCAUCAUUGCACAACAUGCACUUGCGAGUGUACACAUCUGCUAUGAGUGGACAUAAGGCUCCUACAAUAGCUCCACAAUGGUUACUUUGAUCAAUUUAUCUGUUACAGUUGCUUUUAUUGCUGUCAGAUAAUGUAUUGCUUUAAAAAAGAAAGUAUAAAGUUAUGGUUGGAAGUGAACACCUAGUGUUGUGCAUUAUAUGUUCCCCAAGACUCGUGAAGCUCAUUAUUUUGGCAAAAUAAAGCCUUUCAUUUAUCUAUAUCACGUGUCAAUCUCAUUCCACGAAGGGCAGAGGGUCUGCGCGUUUUCUCUUAAUCGAUCUACAGCUAUGUAUGUCAGCUCAAUUUGGAAAUGACCUUAGUUUCUGUAAUGUUUCAUCAAUACAGAUUGAACAGAGCCCUAGGUUUUCAUUGAAAGGAAACAAACAGCAGACACUAGGACAGGGAUCAACUAUACUGAACAAAAAUAUAAAUGCAACAAUUUCAAAGAUUUUACUGAGUUACAGUACAUAAGGAAAUCUGUCAAUUUCAAUAAAUGCAUUAGGCCCUGAUCUAUGGAUAUCACAUGACUGGGCAAAGGUGUGGGCCUGGGAGGGCAUAGGGGAGCCAGGCCCAGCCAAUAAGAAUGAGUUUAUCUCAACAAAAGGGCUUUAUUACAGACUGAAAUACCCCCUCAGACGAUCCCGCAGUUGAAGAAGAGGGAUGUGAAGGUCCUGGGCUGGCGUGGUUACACGUGGUCUGCAGUUGUGACGCUGGUUGGACGUACAGCCAAAUUCUCUAAAAUGACGGAGAUGGCUUAUGGUAGAGAAAUUAAACAAAUUCUCUGGCAACAGCUCUGGUGUACAUUCCUGCAGUCAGCAUGCUAAUUGCGCGCUCCCUCAAAACUUGAGACAUCUGUGGCAUUGUGUUGUGUAACAAAACUGCAGAUUUUAGAGUGCCUUUGGUCCCCUGCACAAGGUGCACCUGUGUAAUGAUCAUGCUGUUUAAUCAGCUUCUUGAUAUACCACACCUGUCAGCUGGAUGGAUUAUCUUGGCAAAGGAGAAAUGCUCACUAACAGGGAUGUAAACAAAUUUGUACACAACAUUUGAAAGAAAUUAGCUUUUGUGCAUAUGGAACAUUUCUGGAGUCUUUUAGUUUAGCUCAUGAAACAUGGGACCAACAUUUUACAUGUUGCAUUCAUUUUUUUGUUAAGUAUUGAUUCAGCCGUGGGGCAAUUUUGUUCUUGAACAGAAUUGCUAAUAAUUUGUAAUCCUGCAAAUUUACCACAAGAAGCCCAAACAUACAAGAUGUGACUGAACCAUAAUGUGUAACCUUGCUUAGAUUUGUAUACGAGCACAUAUCUCUAUGUUGGGAAUCAUUUGGAACAGUAUUUCAAAAUUAAAAUCACAUUUUUGCUGG